AUGUUAGGGUUCAAACCUUUCGUACCCUCACCCUUACCCCUCUCUCCCGUCCUUCCCUUUCACAACCUCAAUUUCUGCCCCAUAAAACCCAAAACCCCAAAACAAUUCUCACUUCAUUCACAAAACGACAACAGAGACAAUAACUUGUCUAACUCAGAAUACGACGCCAGCAGUAAAAAUGGCGGAGGUGUUAAUGGACGAUCAAGAUUGAAUCUGAAGUGGACAGAUCUAGUACUUGAUCCGGAUCCGAACAAUAUCGUGGCAGUUGGAUUGAUCGGCAUACUCACACUGACUGUGGUGCAGGUUUUGUGGCAGCUGUUGGUGAUUACAUUUGCCAUAUUGAUUACUGCUCUCAAGUAUACUGCAGUUGCUGCUCUUCUUGUCUGUAUUCUCAUCACAAUCCUUUGA